GAAUCUUUAAAAACACCAGUCAAGCUUACAUUGUGUCGAAGCAAACCUGCAUCACACCUUUAUUUAUAGCCCUCCCCAAAGUAUUAAAGAUCUUGAAAUUUUACUAUUGAAGUGUCUAUUGUGGAACAGCAAUCAUGACUGUGGGUAAGAGUAGCAAGAUGCUGCAGCACAUUGACUAUAGAAUGAGAUGUAUCCUGCAAGAUGGAAGAAUCUUCAUUGGCACCUUUAAGGCUUUUGACAAGCAUAUGAAUCUGAUUCUCUGUGAUUGUGAUGAGUUCAGGAAGAUCAAGCCAAAGAAUGCAAAACAGCCAGAACGUGAAGAAAAACGUGUUUUGGGUCUGGUCUUGCUACGUGGAGAGAACUUGGUCUCCAUGACUGUGGAGGGUCCACCUCCUAAAGAUACUGGUAUUGCUCGUGUGCCUCUUGCUGGUGCUGCAGGUGGCCCUGGGGUUGGGAGGGCAGCUGGCAGAGGAGUACCAGCUGGUGUACCUAUUCCUCAAGCUCCUGCUGGAUUAGCAGGCCCUGUCCGAGGAGUUGGGGGUCCAUCCCAGCAGGUCAUGACUCCACAGGGAAGAGGCACUGUAGCAGCUGCUGCAGUUGCUGCUACUGCCAGCAUUGCUGGAGCUCCAACCCAGUACCCACCAGGACGUGGAACUCCACCUCCCCCUGUAGGCAGAGCAACCCCACCACCAGGAAUCAUGGCUCCUCCACCUGGUAUGAGACCACCCAUGGGCCCACCGAUUGGCCUUCCCCCUGCUCGAGGGACACCUAUAGGCAUGCCCCCUCCAGGAAUGAGACCCCCUCCACCAGGAAUUAGAGGCCCACCUCCCCCAGGAAUGCGUCCACCAAGACCCUAAGAUGGCUGAUAAAUAUCAGCCUUUACUUUUCCCUGCAAUGCAUCUUGUGAAAUUGUGUAGCAUGCACGCUUUUUGACCCCUCUUACUGCAUUAAUUAUAGCUAAUAAAUACAUAAGAGCAAUUGAAUUGAGGGUUUCUUUUGUCUGAUUUUGUUAAAGUCAGAGUGAAACUAAUGUUAUUGUGAAAGGUAAAAGCAGGCAUGCAGUUUAUUUGCUCAAGCUAGUAUCUUAGGAUAAAAUGGUUGAGAUAUUUCCUGAUUCCUGCCUCUUCCUGCAUUAACAUGCUGCUUAAAAUCUUAAAGUAAGAUUGUGAUUUGCUAAGUUUAACAUGGCACUGUAGUCACUUUAAUAUGUCACAAUUAGUUUGUGGAGAAACUUAAUCAGAUAUAAUUA